AUGUCAGCCUCUCGUGAAGAUUCUGUUUACCUCGCCAAGUUGGCUGAGCAAGCCGAACGUUAUGAAGAAAUGGUUGAGAACAUGAAGGCCGUUGCUUCCUCCGGUCAAGAAUUAUCUGUCGAAGAACGUAACUUGUUGUCAGUGGCGUACAAGAAUGUCAUUGGUGCCCGUCGUGCUUCCUGGAGAAUCGUUUCUUCCAUUGAACAAAAAGAAGAUGCCAAGGGUAACGAAACACAAGUUGCUUUGAUUCGUGACUACAGAGCCAAGGUUGAAGCCGAAUUGUCCAAAAUUUGUGAAGAUAUCUUGUCUGUGUUGACUGACCACUUGAUCUCCUCCGCUCAAACCGGUGAAUCCAAGGUUUUCUACUACAAAAUGAAGGGUGACUACCACCGUUACUUGGCUGAAUUUGCCACCGCUGACAAGCGUAAGGAAGCUGCUGACUUAUCCUUGGAAGCCUACAAGUCUGCUUCUGAUGUUGCUGUCACUGAAUUACCACCAACUCACCCAAUCAGAUUAGGUUUGGCCUUGAACUUCUCCGUGUUCUACUACGAAAUCUUGAACUCUCCAGACAGAGCCUGUCACUUGGCUAAGCAAGCCUUUGACGACGCCGUUGCUGACUUGGAAACUUUAUCUGAAGACUCAUACAAGGAUUCUACUUUGAUCAUGCAAUUGUUAAGAGACAACUUGACCUUAUGGACUGAUUUGUCAGAAGCUCCAGCUCCAGCUGAAGAGCAACCACAACAAGCAUCCACCGAAGUUAAACCAGAAGAAGAAUAG